CUAAACCCUAAAAAAGCAUAUCUUCCGACAAAAAAAAACUAGAAAAAAAAGGCAACUCAGCUCGACUUUCCGAUACAAACUUCCCAAAUGUUCGCAACCAACUCGAACUUUAGAAUGCGAAGUCCAAAAAUAAGUAGAACCCAUCUCCGAUUUUAACAAGGAAACCUCAAAGCCAGCGUCUUUUUCAGAGCAAUCCCCAAACACAGAGUACAUAACAGAACUACAGUUUGAAAAGCAAAACAAGAAAUUUCUUUCUGAAAUGGCAGAAGAGCAAGAAGAAACCAAGAAAUUAGACACAGAAUCAAAAUCUGAACAACCAAAUGAACUAACAACGGCAAAUGAAGGAGCAGAGCUGAAUAAAGAAGAAGAAAAAAGAAUGAAACCAUGGGAGCAGCACGCAGCAGUAAUAAGCAUACCAAGAUUCGAUUACAACGCACCUUCUAAUCUUCUUAAUCGUUCUCACUCCGGCUUUCUCGUCACCUGCUCCAUCAAGAGGGAAAAGAGUGCCACCAAAGAAGUUAUGUCCAUUCUUCAAAAGUAUAUUGUAACCCAUGAUCAUGGAACGCCAGAGGGUUUUAAUGGUAGACAAAGCACUAAAAGAAGGAAAACGUUAAUGGGUGGAAUAUGUGCUGAAGGUAUAGAAAGUGAAAGCAUUAGUGAGGAUGAUGUAGAAGGGCGUUCCGAGGAGACAUGUAAAGUAGGAGAAACAAGUUCUGCUAUAUCUCUGGUGAAGUUGACAAAGAGUGGCUUGCUUCUGCUAACCUUUGUGGGAGAAAGUUGUUUCAAUGUUAUUGAUAUUGUAUCGAGUAUUUUUCAGCAUCUCGAAUCUGGGAAUCUAAAAUCACCUCUCUGGUGCCAUCGCAUUUUCCCUAUCCAAGCUACUUGUCGUCUGGAUGAGAAGGAACUGCACACAGUCGUGUCAAAGCUCGUUACUGAUUUCAUGAAAGAGAAACCUAACAAGACCGGACAGACCUUAAAGUUUGCAGUUGCAUAUAACAGAAGAGGUAUUGAAGAGACUCAGGCAAAGAAUGUGAAAUCUGCUUCAAAGGAUUCUAACCUGUGUCCUUUGCUGGAGCGCAACAAAUGUUUUGAUGUUGUGGCUUCUGCAGUUAAAGAUGUCGUAUCAGAUUCAGCUGUCGAUCUCAAAUCUCCAGAGCUCUCCAUACUCGUUGAGUUGUUGCCUGUGUCUGGACUGGGAUCAUUAGUUGCUGCUGUGGCAGUUCUUCCUCAAAACCUUGUUAGCAUAAAGCCAAAACUGUGCAUCAGGCCACUGGUUUCUGAUGCCGGUGUGAAGAAUAAAAAACAGUCGAAGAUGGUCGUUUAACAUUAACAUAUUAAGCGAUUCUGAAACUACAUCUUUUUCAUUCAGUUAUAUGUCAUCCAUCACUUGAGCAAAGGUCAUCAAUUCAUUUAUUUAUCAUGAAUGUGAGGAUAACUAGUGCAGUUUUCCUAUGUUUUUGUUUUAGAAACAGAAAAAAAUUUAGGUGAAUAUUGUACGUUAUGCAUGUAGCGUUUUCACUAUAUUCUUCCAGGAAUCGGAUAUUCGGACUCAAAAUCUUUCCUAUGUUAACUACAAUCUUUUAUUGUCUUAAAACCUAA